CCCCUCCCUCCUCCUCCUUCUCACCUCACUGCCUGCACCGAGAGGGAGAUGCCAGCACGAGGAGCCUGUCAGCGGGGAGAAGUACACAUGGAACACAGAUGAAGAAUUUCUCUUUAAGGCGGUGAUGGCCUUUGUCAUGCGAGCUCAUGUGAAUAAUACAAUUGAGAUUUCAAAUAUUUUGCUCUGCAACAUGACGCAGAGAGUCUCAUUCUGGUUUGUGGUUACAUCUCCUUCAAAUAGCUCGGAACCCAUUGUAAGCACAGAGGUGGAAAAUGCAAUAAGGCUUAAAAGAAACCGUAUUAACAGCGCUUUUCUGCUUAGUGAUAGCACUCUGGAGUUUGUAGACAUUCCCCCUACAUUCGCUCCUGAAGUAGAAGCCUCAAGACCAUCAUGGCUUAUAGUAUUUGGGGUGGUACUUGGUGUUCUUGGAGUCGGAUGUAUUUUCUUUGUUGUGUUAGGAAUCAAGAACAAAAGAAAGAGACAAAGAGCUGAAGCAGAAAUACAUGAUGAAGAUGGAAUGACAUCUGUAGAGACAAUUGAAAACAGUGAAGCUCUUUCAGAAAGCACAUUAUUCUGAAGAAGUAGACACUGAGGACAUCACAGCCUUAUGUGAAUGAUGUUUCUACAUUCCUGAAUGACUGAGGAGGAAUGCUCUGCUCAUCCUUUGGAGACGUUAUGCCAUGGGAUUUACCAUAUUUGUGAACUUACUUUCUUACAAAAGAGACUGAACAUCUUGGGUCAAUAAAUCUGUUACCAAACUUUCAAAAUUUACCAAGUAGCAGUUCGGCAUCUUUCCAAACGGUCCAGAUGUGGUGCUGACACUCAUGUCAUGUCGCUAGCUAGAAAUUCAUGCACUGAAGGAUAACGCAAAUGUGCAUAAUAAAGUAGAAAAAAAGGCAAUGAUAUAUAAAAUGUUAUUAUUAUUAUUAUUAUUAUUAUUAUUAUUAGUUUUAACUAGCAUCAAGGAAACCCAUAAUUUUGGAACAGGAAGACAAGCAGUUUCUUAAAUGUAUAAAAAUUGAAAACAACUGGAGAUUAUUCACAACACAGUGAGGCCGUGCAAUAGUGUGCAUUGUCGGCCUAAUUCAGACCUGAUCGCUGCUGUGCGUUUUCGCAGUGUGCCGGCGCAUGACAGACAGCCGACGGCCAUCUCAGCCCUGCAAUUGCCUCUGCCCGCUAACCGCCGUUUUAGGGGCGCGGUCCGGCAACGCAGGCAGGUCUGGACAAUGCGGGGAGUGGGCCGCAGCGGCUGCAUGAUGUCACGCGUAGCCGCUGCGACCCGGACAGUGACGAGUAGCUCCCUGCCAGCGCGCAGGAGCUGCGCAGGUGGGGAACUACUCGUCAAGUACAAAACCAUUGUCGCUGAGCCAGACAUGCGGGGUGGACUGGCCCUGUGCUGAGCAUCCCCCCGCAUGUCUGUGUAACUGAUCGUAGCGCACGGCUACGAUCAAGUCUGAAUUAGGCCCAGUGUUAACACUGCUGAGACAUAAAGGGUCUGAUUUAAAGUCAAGAGCAAAUUAUAAAAAAGGAGCAAUUUGCACCAUGGUGAGGCAGAUGCCUCCUGGCGAAAAAUGUAAACUGGCACUCCCAAUAAUUGUAAAGCCCUGCACGCUUUGCACUGACCGUGAGCGCCGUUUUACAUUAUCGCCUCCAGCCCACCGGAGAUUGAAUUCUUUUGCUUCAAUAAUACUCUUAGAAUGUACAAACAGAACUGCCAAGUAUUGUUCUCUAUAAGGAAAAGCUGUAUUUUUUCCC